GUCGUAGCUCGCUUGCCUGAAUUUUGAAUCUCCAAAAUUCUCGGCAUGUAAUAUCAGGAGCACACUAUUAGGAUUAAUUGUGUAUUACCAGGAUAAGGUGCGCAGCCUCCGGAACGUGCGAGUGGCCAGACAACCAUCUUCUUGUGAAACGCACAAUGCCAGGAGUUCCCUCUAACAAAGCAUGUGAGCGGUGUAAGAAGAGGCAUCUGAAGUGCGACGAGACACGUCCCCAAUGCCAGCGGUGUGUCACCGCGGGCGUUGAAUGUCCAGGCUAUGUCCAGACGCGUAAAUUUAUCGAUCAAGGUGCUACAGUAAGGCGUCGGUAUGCUCCAUAUCAAGAUAGUCAUACAAAACCAAGCACAUCGGCCAAUUCCCAUCUGGAAGAUGAAAAUCCACUUAAUUCUGCACAGAAUGAAGGGCGAACAGCAGUCCAUCAGGAAAAGCCCAGUCAAGUUCCGCCUGGUAGUGGGAAAAUGGGCUCGACAUUCAGUUUCCAGCUGGAACCGUCAAGACCAGACUUUGGAACCGAUACCUCGAUGGCUGAGGUGCCUACCUCCACUAUCCAGCCGGGCAUAGCGGUUGAUGCGACUGACUUGCGCACCCAAGAUACCCCAGCAUCCCGAUAUGGCACGGAAAUAAACCGGCUUGCUGACUUCGGGAACAAAGGGGGCUCGACGAGAAGCCCCCUGCAACAUUCAGAAGUAUCAGGCACUGCAAUGAUGGGUCUUGUCCCAAAUUUUGAAAACAAUUACAACAUUCAGCCUCCUGACCGUCAAAGCUAUGGAAGACCCUUCACAUCCGAGAGCCCGUCUCAACGAAGCGAGAAAGAGGAGUUCCAGGACAUUUUCUCUGAACUAAUGACGGGCACCGAACAUGAGAUAGCAUUUCUCACCCGCCAUUUCGCAGAGGUCUUGGGUCCCUGGCUGGAUUUAUCCGAUGCAGCAAAAUUCUUCUCCGUUUAUGUCCCGAUCAGAGCUCUUAAUAGUCAAUGUUUGAAAUACUCCAUGGCAGCUUUAGCAGCCAAGCAACUCGGCCGAGUGAAAGGUUCCAAAUCAUGCCUUGGGCGAGGAAUGUUCACCAGUCCUGCUACGACCGAGACCUAUCCAAAUUCUGAGCAAGUGGACUGGUUUCUCAAGGCAGCAAACUACUACUAUCUCUCUGUGUCGGAUCUAACCGCAUCUACGUCAGAUGGCUAUUCUGUUGUAUCUACUUCGGCAGUCUUGGAUUCGCCUAUUGACUUGGUUGGACGGUGGCUCAAUAAACAGGCCAAACAAGGGGCAGGCCAAAAUCUUGACGACGGAUCCCCUUUUCGAAAGACAGAAGACAUUCUAGCGACAGUCACCGUUCUGACGUCGUAUAAAUUGCUGGACGCGAAAGGAGAGGAGUGGCACAUGUACCUCACAGGCAUUCGCCAAGUUUUCAAUACACUACUUCAAAGGGUGCAAAUGAACUCGACCUUUUUCUCUCAUGGAAUCAGAGCGUGUUUCUGGAAUUUCGCUCGCCAGGAUUAUCUUGGAUCAUAUUAUAUCCGCUCGGCUACGCAUCUUGAUCCCGCAAACACACCUCUUUGGCGCGCGGCAGGGAUAUCAAUUGACGAGCAGGAAAAAUUCCACAUCAUUCCAAGCGGGCCGAUUGAAUUAUCUCAGGAAGACCAAACAUUCAAUGGGCUAUGCUGGCUUGUUUCCAAAGUCGUCAAUUUCCUCGCCAAAUCCAAGCAAUCUCAGAUUGCCCAGUGGACAGGCUCUCCACCAGAAAAUCCAUCCGCAGCCCAUGACAUAUCUAGCAAUUCCAGCCAACAGUCGACAUAUCCCGAUACAAGCACCUGGAUAGAUUUAUGCUUUGAAUUUCAGAAGUGGUUCGAGGGUGUUCCGGAGACGAUUCGGCCAUGCGUACGAAUCGAGCACCCCAGAGAUGUAUCGAAGCCACCCGAUGCUAGCCAAAUUCCUUUUCCCGAGGUGUUCCACAGCUUCGCAACAUGCGCGGCUGCUAUGCAGCAUUAUCACUUUGGGAGAAUUGCACUGUUGUUAAAUCGCCCGCAGGACGUUAUUAGUGGGCCAAGCACAGCAUUUGAUCGCCUGCAAGGUUACCGAGAAGUCACUAAAGAGGUUGAGCAUCGCUGUCGGGAAGUAUGCGGUAUUGCCUUGGGAAGGCCUCAUGCUGAAGUGCGGAUCUAUAUGAUACCGCUUUUGUUUGCUGUGGGUCAAUGUUUGGAGAGUGCAAAUGAGCGCCAGAUCAUUGUGGACCUUUUACGGGGCGUCGAGGCAGACCUGGGCUGGGCCACGGAAUACGCGGUGGAGAAGCUUCACUCUUCGUGGAAUCGAUGAAGUUGGCAAUUCACCAUUGGGGUUACCCUUCGCACACCAAACUUAAUAGAUCUAAUUCCAUGCAUACUCCUAGUGUCAUUGUGCCCUUCAACGACGGGUUUCUUGCAUCUCAACAAACCAGAGCCUCGUAUACAGAACGUGGUCAGUGGCUUGCUCCACCGGUCAAACCCCGCAGCCACAAACUAAGAAUUUAAUGUCGGCAAUUAAAGC